AUGGCAGCAUCCAGAAUGAAAUUGAAUUCGCCUCUGGACCUCACUUACUUAAAUAUUAAAUGUAACUCCAAACAUGAAAAGAAAACCGAAAAGAAAAUCCCACGGACGAUUCCCGAGUUUACAGACACAGAAAAAAUAUAUUAUUCCCAGCUUGGGAAAAAUAUUCCAACUCUGCUAUAUAGGCGUACUGAGUUACCUGGCCAAAUUAGCGGGGGAGGGAUCGCGCGGGUGGAGGCACGAGAGUUUGAGAGGAGUGCUUCACCAUUCAAGGGUCUAAUUUUUCCUAGUACCAACUACUGUGUUCGGCCAGUGCCACAACUCACCUUUCUGAAGGUUUGCACCACGGACAACAGCAACUCCAAAGUCAGAAUAAAAAACCUUUGUACAGAAGACAAAUUAAUUGCAGAACACGGAGAAUCCUAUAACCUCAGCCCACUUCGGCCUCUGACGUUACACCCACACAACAUCAAACUGUAUAUGGCAGAAUUCAUCGGCCUGCGUGUAAAAGCCCAGUUUGAUAGCGAAUCUGUCAUUUUCGCACACAACUUCUAUGAAGAUUUGAUUUGUCCUCCUUUGGUAGUUUUCCUGACACUUGGCUGGCAUGGGACAACGCAAGGUGACCUCAUCAUCACGCUAGAGAAUAGCAGCGUUCGCAGUAGACAAUUCCUGUCUCUGUGUAUUGGAGAAAGUGAACACUCUUACCGUGGUACUUCCUUCCUCACCAUCAGCAACUUCGGAAAUCCAGGGGAAAUGGUCACAGGAGGUGACUACGACAAAAACGAUGGCACAGGGGGACAGUCCAUAUUGCCUGGCAUUCCAGAAAAUGAAAAUACAGUACAACCUGUUAUAGAGGGCCUUCUUUCAGGUGGACCUGCUAAAUGUAACGGUGCCCAGUUUAAUAUCUACACACAAAACCUUCCAGGGGCUUUUGAUUAUUGGUCUUUUGGUAGAGUUACAGCGGGUAUGGAUAUCUUGAAAAAGGCAGUGCUUUUGAGUAACAUUCAAGAUGUAAAAAUAGAAAACUGUGGAGCUGUAUUGUAACUAUUUUUCUAUCAAAAAAAAUAUUGCAGUUUUUUUUUCUCUCUCUCUUGAUUAGUGAAAAUUUUAACUGUUAGAGGAUGUAUUUAAGAUGUCCAAUACAAAAAGCAGAUUUCAAGAGUUUUAUAAUUGAUUAACACAGUGAGACACAGUGUCGUAGACACAAAGGCAUUAUCACAAUGAACAACACGGGGGCGAAUAGGUGAAACAAACAAGCCAGGACGAGACAUCAAAGAUAAAAUAGCAAAGAUGUCACGAGUGCGAAAAUAACAUGCAGUUCUAAGUAGAUUAGAUUAUAUUCAUAUUAACUGCGGCGGAAUAGAUUUCGGAAUAGCAUCCAGUAGCCACGCCAUUUUUAUGGCGUGGCUACUGGAUGGGGUUACUUUCGAAACCAUUUUGAUAUUUUUCUGCAUGAAAUCCACUGCUUUCAACGAUUCUAAGUUUUUCCUUGUGCAAAGGAAUCGUUGAGGAGAUAUGAUCAUCAUCUCCAUCGACAGUCUUGAUUUGAUAGUCCCAGGGGAGGGCAUGAAGUAUAUUAGGGAAAUUAUGGGGUAAAACAGGCUAAAAUAGAAUGGAUACAGAACCAAAUAUCGUAAAAACACCAUAAAAAAGAUGAAAAUCGCGUAGUGAAACUCAGACACGCCCGCCAUCUUUGAAAGUCUACUCCUUGUAACGGAAUUCUUAAUGUCUCGGGCCUCUGGAGUAGUUUCUGUGACUCUCAGAGUGCUCUUCGGACACUAAAUUAUCUCAAAGUAGAUGUCGAUGAGGAAAUUGUGAGUUGCAUUAAGCGUAACGUCACUAGUGCAAUGGAGCGCCAUUUCAACAUUAAAUUUGUAUGGAUACCAUCUCAUGUUGGCAUAAGCAAGUACGACCACGUAGACAAAUUGGCGAAGGAAGCCAGCAGCAAAGAUACUGUGAACAUAGAUCUUGGGAUGCUUCUAGCUAGGUUGCACAUAUAUUGAAAAGUUCUCAUAAGGAAGAACUAGUAGAUCUGACGAACACUCAAAGGCCUGAAAGCUGUACCGUAAGGCACUACGAUCAGUAUAGGGAUAGCAAGCCCUCCUAUGGGUGGCACCAAAGUCGAACCAGACAAUGUGACGUUAUUGCUAGAAUACGUUUGGGUUACAGAAUGUAUUGGCAACUGCACGGUGCAAGAAGUGCAGAUGAAUCUAAAUGUAGACUGUGUAACGAAGAAAACAAGCGAACGCUUGAGCAUUAUAUAUCGGAAUGUCAUGUGAUACAGCCUUUUAGACCACCUAACAUGAGGUAUAUAGAAAGAACUUUGUGAAUAUUUAAUUUCAUCUGAUAUAUUGGAAGAUAUACUCGUAUUAUAUCCUAAAUUUACUAUGUAAAACUGCCGUAAACAAAAACACAGUGUUAUGUAAACAUAAUAUCAAUAGAGCAUAUAGUGUAAAUGGAACGUUGCGCGGGGGUCCAGGGGCAUAGCCCCCUGGCUAGGCGCAUAUGCUACCACGGGUGGUAAAUAAACAGUGGCAAAAGCAUAACAACGUAUUAUUUUUGUAUGAUGUAUGACAUAUUUUUAUAUUACCAUGUACAAUUACAGUAGUCACAGACUACUGUACUGUGUCAGAUAUAUGUAAAACUGCAAUCAUGAUUGCCCACGCCUGAGCAGAUAGCCAGGGUGUUUUGCUUGAUUUAAUUACUGCUUAAUGAGAUUAAUGAAGUAUUGUAAUUGCUUGAUUAAGUAUAAGAUAUUUUUUCUGA